AUGUCUACCGCUACGCCUAUCCCCGCUUACGCUUCUUAUAAGCACAUGCUUGUCAGCUCUCCAGGACCCUUUGUUGCCCAUGUUGAAAUCAACCGUCCCAAGAAGCUCAAUGCUUUCUCACAAGAAGUCUGGCUUGAGUUCGGCCACGUCUUCGAUCAACUCAGCAAUGAUUCAGACAUACGCGCUGUUGUGCUCAGCGGCGCUGGCGAUCGCGCAUUCACAGCAGGCCUCGACGUGCAGGCUGCAUCUGGAGAUGGAAUCCUCUCUGACGCUGCAGGUGAUGUCGCGAAGAAGGCCAAGGUGUUGAGGAAUCACAUUGAGGAGUUUCAAGAUUCAAUUAGCGCGAUGGAGAAAUGCGAAAAACCUGUCAUUUGUGCUCUCCAUGGUAUUGCUAUCGGCCUUGCUAUUGAUAUUGCAUGCUGUGCUGAUAUCCGCUUCUGCGCUUCCACCGUGCGCUUCGCCGUAAAGGAAGUUGACAUUGGUAUGGCGGCAGACAUCGGCACGCUCUCUCGCCUGCCGAAGAUCGUUGGCUCGACAUCGUGGGUCAAGGACGUGUGCCUCACAGCGCGAGACUUUUCUGCGCAAGAGGCGCUGUCGAUGGGCUUUGUGAGCCAGGUCCACGAGAACAAACAGGCGACUGUACAGGCCGCAGUGGCGCUGGCGACGACGCUUGUUGAGAAGAGUCCCGUGGCAGUUCAGGGAACAAAGGAGCUGCUCAACUACAGCAGAGAUCACAGUGUCGCGGAGGGCUUGAGGUAUACAAAGGUGUGGAACGCGGCGGCUGUGCAGGGCAGGGACUUUGCCGUGGGAUUGACGAGCGGGUUGAAGAAGAUAAAGCCUCGAUUCGAGAAGCUGUAG